AUGUCUUCACAAAGUUAUUUUAGCCAGAACACCAGUAUAUAUGGUCCAAUAAAAAGUCUUCCAAUAGUCCCAGGACAUCCUGUAGAAACUAUACGCCUUAAAAAACUAAGGUCAAGAGUUGAAGAGUUAGUUGGAGUAUCGAA